AUGUGCCGGUAUAUAUCCUGUCCGUAUGGUCAGCUGUGUAUGAACGGAAUGUGUAUGGUCACCGGAACAUCCGGCUCUUUGUCGGCACUUGGUGGGGGUUUGGGUACUUCAGCUAAUAGUUAUGGAGCUUAUUCAAACUAUAACUCGUAUGGUAAUUCUCAAUACAGUACUGGAUUGGCUGGAUAUGGUGCAAUGCCCAUGGGAAAUAAUCUACUUGGCGGAGGGAUGGCACCGUCGAAGUUCUGUACGUUGAAUACGGAUUGCUAUACAGGACAGAGUUGUGCUUACGGACGAUGUGUUUAUGAUACAAUUGUGAACAAUGUUGGAGGAACACAGCCGUGCAAUCUGUUGCAACAGUGUUUGAACGGACAGAUCUGUGUCAACGGAUUUUGUUCACAAAGUAAUGUGGUCUUCAGCGGCAGUCAAACUCGACCAGCUACCACCUCUUGUGCCAGUGGAGCGAUAUGCCCAAUUGGACAGUACUGUCUUAAUGGUGUUUGCAUUCAGAAUGCUUUUGCUUCAACUUUUGGUGAGUUUUCUAUUGUUUUCACUUGA